CCGACUGCUGACUCGUCCUGGCCCGCCAACAUGCUGAAGACCCGCCAGUGUUUACUCGGCAUCCGCACUUUCCUCGGGGUCACGUCCAGAAUAUGGGGCUUCUUCAUGUACAUCCUCAGGAAGCACCUGCGAACGAUCAUCCAGUAUCAGACGGUGCGAUAUGACACCUUGCCUCUGUCGCCUAUCUCCAGGAACAGACUGAACGGAGUCAAGAGGAAGAUUCUGGUCCUGGACCUGGACGAGACCCUGAUCCACUCUCACCACGACGGGGUCCUGAGGCCCACGGUGAGGCCGGGAACGCCCCCCGACUUCAUUCUCAAAGUCGUCAUUGACAAGCACCCGGUGCGAUUCUUCGUACAUAAAAGGCCACAUGUGGACUUCUUUUUAGAAGUGGUGAGCCAGUGGUACGAGCUGGUGGUGUUCACAGCCAGCAUGGAGAUCUACGGCUCAGCGGUGGCGGACAAGUUGGACAACAAUAGGAACAUCCUCAGACGCAGAUAUUACAGACAGCAUUGUACAUUGGAUCUAGGUAGUUAUAUCAAAGACUUGUCGGUAGUACACGACGACCUGUCCAGUAUUGUCAUCCUCGACAAUUCGCCCGGUGCUUAUCGAAGCCAUCCAGAUAAUGCAAUACCCAUCAAGUCCUGGUUCAGUGACCCCAGUGACACAGCACUUCUUAACUUGCUGCCUAUGCUGGAUGCGUUAAGGUCAGCGCUGAAACAGUUCCUAUCCUCCGGUUAUCAUGAUCAUUCUAAAACGUACAAUUUUGCAUCUAUUUUAGGUUCACCGCCGACGUCCGCUCCGUCCUCAGUCGAAAUCUCCACCAGCAUCGGCUCUGGUAAUUGGUCGAUUGCUGGGAAUCGGUCAAUAGACGACCCGCCAGCGCUUCCUCGUUGGAGGAGCGUUGGGAUGAACACUUUGGGUGCCAGAUUUUUAGCCCCGCCGCCAUCUUAGUUCUAUACUUGACCCCCCCGUCCCGACCCUGGCAAAAAAAUGAACUGGAGCUUCUCCGACGCCUUUUUAAACUUUUUUUUUUUUUUUUUUUCCCUCAUCGCUGAUUAAAUGAAGAGGAUCCAUCCACAAAGUAAACAAUAUUACAGAUUCAAAUUUUUAUGAUUCACUGAUCAAGUACGCUAUUUCUUUUUCUUUUUUUUCAAAAGGAUACAGUGUUUUUUUUUCUUGCAAGACACGUCUCAUCCUUGGGAUAUUCUUGUUUGUUUUUGUGGAUUUUUAAAUAAACAAGAAUGAAAAACACGAGGAUAAAACAUAUGGCUUGUACCCAUUCUCUGGACUGCUGUGCUGUCUUUUCCAUAUCUGUCACCAUUAAAUAACAUUUCACUCUGCUCAUGGGAUUGCAAUUGCACUUGAUUUGUGUUGCCACUCUCCUUCUCUUCUGUUUUUCUUACUUUUGUUUGACAGCCCUCCCCUUUCCUGUAUGGAUUUUAGAGCCUUUCAAAAUGCCUUCUGAACAAUAAUGCCCAGGCUCCGAAGCCAUGUCUUUAUUGGCUCUGUCUUACUACUACUAAUAAUAAUAAUAAUAAAAAACACUUGUCAGCAUCAGUUGGAAGCACUGAUAGUUUCUGUCCUCAUUGAGCAGCAAUUAUCCUUGGAAAUGAAAUGCUCCCUGUCAUAAAGCCUUCUCAUUAACUUUCCUGGUGACGUAGUAACAUGUCAUACCAGUGAGGUCAGAAUGUAAAAAGUACUCAACAGACUUCUGCUUUUUAACAUUUCUGUCAUUCAAACCCUGCGGGCUCUAUGCUGGCCAUUUGUGUCCACCUCGCUUCCUUUUUUUGGAACCAUUGUAGCCAACGUAAAAUAAAAAAUUCUAAGGCUG